CCCCAGGAAAAUAAGCUUUGAGUUUUUUUAUAAUGUCUACACAAACAAGACAAGUUUUCCAUGGUCAAGAUAAUAAGUUUCUGGAAAAUCGUUGCAUGAGGAGAAACGCUGACAGAGAUCCAAAGCAGCAACGGAGCCAGAAGGAUAUCAGUGGACUUGGCCAAAAUCCAGACAAUGGAUUACUGGUUACACACGUAAACCAGACACAGGACUUACUGAAGCUGCAGGGGUGCAAGACCCAGCCUUCAGCUUGGGAGGACUCUGAAGAUUGGCUUUCAACUCACAGUUUACAGUUUGAGAAACUCACCUUGCCUGACCUGAUAAGUCAGGGCACAGCUGUCCUGGAGGAGGGCAGCAAUGUCAGACAGAAAGUGCAUUUCUCCACCCAGAUCAUCCAUCAUUUUGAAUCAAAGCUUUCUGAAGCUAUCGAACUCUAUCAACAGAGAAUUCAGUGGCUCACUGAAAACAGCAAGAAGGCAUUUGGCCUCAUCAAGGGGGCCAGAGUCGGCCUUCUCAUUGAUUUGUCAGUGGUCAGCAGUGGUCCUCAGAAAGAAGAGUUUCAAAAUGACCUUAUGAGCCUCACUGAUGAGCAGCUGAGCCACAAGGAGAAGCUGUAUGUCCUCUCCUUCGACACCACCACCAGGGCCCUCUGGCCAGACCCCGUGGAAGUCAGUGCCUCCAUCCUCCAGGAAUUCAAGCACUGGGUGAAGAAACUACAGCCCGAAGGAGGCACCAAUGUGCUACAAGCCCUGAAGAAAAUCUUCACUAUAAAAGGCCUGAAUUCUCUGGUGAUCAUAAUGGGAAGCUGCCCAAAUCAGUCCUCUGAAAUCCUGUCUGACUACAUCCAGCAGUCCACCAUGGGAAGGGACAUCAUCAUCCAUACCAUCACUUACAAAUGCAACAAUCAGGUGCCCCUGGCUGUCCUAAAGAACCUCGCAGAAGCUGUUGGGGGCUACUACCACUGCUACAGCCCGGAGACAGAGAUCUGUACCAGCCAGGACGUGGAUGAGCUCCUAGCAGAAAUCCAGAAGGCCCAGAGCCUGCUCCAACACAUCCAAGCCCUGUGCCACAGCGGCCCCUAUAAGGAGCUCGCCAGCACGAUGAAGGAGAUUUCCACAGAGAUUGCAAAAGGGCCACUUACAAGUCUCUUGCCUAAACCCCCAAAACAUGAGGGCCCCCUCACAAUCGAGUUCCCAAACUUGGACAAGACUUCUGCAGAAUGGCUAAAGAUCAAUGGCCUAAAAGCCAAGAAGUUAAGCCUGUAUCAGGUUCUGGCACCCAACGCAUUCUCUCCCGUGGAGGAAUUUGUGCCUAUUCUCCAGAAAACGGUAUCAUCAACCAUCUAUGAGAAGGCAAUGGUACAAUUUGAGUGGCACGACGGGACAGUGAAGAACAUUCACGUGGACCCACCCUUCCUCUAUGAGUACCAGAAACAGCUCAACAGAGCUAUGCGGAUGUAUGAGAGGCGGAUCGAGUGGCUCUCCUUGGCCAGCAGAAGAAUCUGGGGCACUGUCUGCGAGAAAAGGGUGGUUAUACUGCUUGAUAUCUCUGUGACCAAUUCCAUGUACAUUAUUCAUAUCCAACACUCCCUGCGACUGCUGCUUGAGGAGCAAUUGUCCAACAAGGACUGCUUCAACAUCAUCGCGUUUGGAAGCACAAUUGAAAGUUGGAGGCCUGAGAUGGUUCCCGUGAGCCAUGACAAUUUGCAAAGUGCCUGGCGGUGGGCUCUGAGCCUUCGGUGCCGGGGCAGCAGGAACGUCCUCAGCGCCCUGCGGAAGGCUGUGGAAGUAGACUUCAAGGACAAAGACAAACACCAAUCCCAAGGCAUCUACCUCUUCACUGGGGGCAUCCCUGACCAGGACAUGUCCAUGCUGAGUGCUUACAUGGCUGAGGUCUGUGGGGGCUGUGACCUUCAGCUGAACGUGUGCCUCUUCUACGUGGGUGAGCCAGAGAUGGACAGCACGCCUCCUGCCUGCUAUGCCAGCUGCACUGACACAGCCAAUGCCUACAGGGAGGCCACCCGGGCUGCUGGUGGUCGCUUCCACUGGUUUGGAGACACAGGCAUUUACGAAAGCGAUGACAUCAAUGCCAUUGUGUCUGAGAUGGAAAAGGCUCUCAACUACUCCCAAAAGUGUGCCUUACUCAUGGCCUCCCUGAAGAACCAGUCGGGAAAAGAACUGGAAAGUGCUGCUCUUCCUAAAGAAAAGCCAAAGAUGCUCAAGCAAAGAAGUCAGCCUGGAAACCCCCGUCCUCUGAAGCCCACAGCCCUCUCCGUGGCCAGAAUGAGCAUUAAAGAUGACUCUGACAGAGAGAAGAGUCCCUCCUUGAAAGCUCUGAAAUGGCAUCCACUCAGUGGCAAAGCAAUCAUCCCAUCAGCUCCAGCACAGUCAGUGAAAGAAUGGACUACAGAACGGAAGAGGAAGAAGAAAAAAUCAUGGGAAGUAGAGGCAUCUCUCUCACUGUUUUAUACAGAUACAGGGAAUAACGUGGGCUCAGUGUACAAGAAGUACCCUCAGGGAAGGGGUGUAAGGAGAACUAGAUCUUCUACUGAGUUGCCCAGAAAUGAUAAAAUUUGUUCGAGCCAAGAGUGGGUGGCCAAUUAUGGGCUCAAAAAACUGAAGAUGGAGAUCUCCAGACACAUCGGUCCCAGUUGCACUCAUCAAAAGACAGGACAGGGGUCGGCAUCAGCCAAACACUGCAGUGUCUUCCCCAGCGUCGAGAUCAAUGGACUGGUAAGACACCUUCAGUGCACGCUCUGGGAAAUCGAAACAUACAUCACAUGCCUGGAGAAGGUGAUGAGGCGCUACAUCCAGAGGCUGCAGUGGCUGCUGUCUGGGAGCCGCCGACUGUUUGGCGCCAUCUUGGAGAGCAAAGUGUGCAUCCUCCUGGACACAUCAGGAUCCAUGGGCCCCUACGUGCAGCAGAUGAAGACAGAGCUGAUUCUGCUGAUUUGGGAACAGCUGCGGAAGCACUGUGAGAGUUUUAACCUGAUCAGCUUUGCAGAGGGCCUACAGCCAUGGCAGGAAACCUUGGUGGCAACCACAGAUGCAGCGUGUCGCGAGGCUAUGCAAUGGGUGACCCAUUUGGAAGCUCAGGGGAACACCUCAGUCUUGCAAGCAUUACUGAAAGCUUUCAGCUUUCCUGAUGUGGAAGGAUUGUACCUGCUGACCGACGGGAAGCCAGACACAAGCUGCAGCCUUAUUCUAAGUGAAGUCCAAAAACUCAAGGAGAAAAGAGACGUGAAAGUGCACACCAUUUCCUUUAACGGCUCAGACAGGGCAGCAGUUGAAUUUCUGAGAAAGCUGGCCUCCCUUACCAGGGGACGGUAUCACUGUCCUGUUGGGGAGGACACGGUCUCCCAAAUUCAUGGCCUGCUGACCAAAGGCUUCACUGAUGAAAAGGAUCCUGCCUUGCCACUAUUUGAAGGAGAUGAUUUAAAGAGACUGGCCCAGGAGAUCACCAAGGCCAGAAGCUUCUUCUGGCAAGCCCAGUCCUUCAGAUCCCAACUCCAGAAGAAAAACAAUGUGGAACCAAAGGUUGCUUCUUUAUAG